AUGGACCGGCUUAAGCCUAAAAGAGCAGCACGGCGUGCACAAAUUACUCGACUCGUGAACGAGGUCACGGAUCUUCGGCAGGACGUCGGUGUCAGUAAGACCGUUUUGAAUGGACUUCUAGCUCGCAUAGAAGAAAGUUACAAGGAACUACAAGCGGUGAACGCAGAAAUCGAGCCCUUCAUAAAGGAUGAGGAUUUACCCGCGGAGUACGAAGCAGUAUUCCGAUAUGAAGAGCAAACUGCUAAUGCGACUGCGGAACUACGGACACGGCUGGCUGAUUUUCAGCUUUUGGAACGGCACAUGGCUUCUCCUCAGUCGGAGCCAGUGUCGCCUCGUAUGCCACAGAUCAACCAACAAGUCCAAGCGGGGAUCAAGCUACCUAAGUUGCAGUUGAUGACCUUCGCCGGUGAGCUCACAGAAUGGCGACCAUUUUGGGAGCAGUUCAAGACGGCAGUACAUGAAAACCAGCGGCUGAAUAAGACAGAGAAGUUCCAGUACCUAAACACGUCGUUGAAAGGACGAGCAGCUGAUUCCCUUCGUGGACUGCAAUCAACAGAGUCUUCCUACGACGACGCGAUUGAGAUACUAUCGCAGCGUUUCGGAGACACCUCUCUUAUACAACGGGAGUAUCUCGCGAGGCUACGGGAUUUACCAGCUGUGAAAUCACAGAGAGACGUACAUGGACUACGGUCUUUGUAUGACCAUUUACAAGCCAACAUGCGAGGUCUCAAGGCGCUGGGAGUGUCAACAAGUAGUUACUCGUCGAUGAUAGUCGAUAUCCUUUUCUCAGCUAUCCCUACAGAGAUGGUGGUUGAGUACCACCGAAUGCAUCGACACAAGAGGACCCCCAGCGACGACGGGACCGCAGAGCACAGGGAUAGGUCUACCAGGCCAGUUGCUCAAGAUGACUGCGGCGUAGAGACUACAGAUGAGUUGUCGAAGGUCCUCGACUUCAUCAGAGCGGAAUUAGAUAGCCUAGAACGGUCUGGACUGCAAUACAGUCAGAAGGCUUCAGGGGCCCAACAUACUAACGGGGCAAGAAACAAACUUAUUCCUACCGGAGCGGUUCUCCAAGCAUGCGUUGAAGGAACUCCAAAGUGCGUGUUCUGUGCAUCAACUGGCCACAGCACACUGGACUGCAAUGCAGGACUAUCGAUCGCCGAAAAGAUUAAAAAACUGUCAAAGGAUAUGCGCUGCUUUCGGUGUACGAAAAGAGGUCACCGGUCCAAGGACUGUCGUGUUAACGUUGUCUGUAAACAUUGUGGAAACAGACACGCUUCCGUCGUCUGCGAUCCCUCAAAGAGACCAGGUCCGACAAGUAGCAACGACACCGUGACCAACAUAAUGACCACCACCCAGCACAGGGACCAACGGGGACGUGCCGAGGUUCUUUUGCAGACCUUCAGACUAUGGGCGUCAUCUGACACCGCGUGUACCCAACUUCGUGGCAUCAUCGAUGGAGGUAGUCAGCUGACCUUCAUCCGUGACGACAUUGCGCAGAAGCUGAAACUGAAAGUUGUAGGUGAGAGCAAGUUGCGGUUGAACACUUUUGCCAGUUCGUCUACCGCUAACAAGACCCACUUAGGGAAAGUGGUUGAACUUCACCUGCGGAGUCAGUAUCGUCCUGUGGACUAUAUCAUACGCGCAACCACUAUUCCGUUCAUUUGCAAGGAUCUUGCGGAAAUUCCAGCUAAUCAGGAGUUCGUCGAAAGGCUUCGUCGACAAGGACACCAGAUAGCCGACGACUCCUUGUUUCCCAAUGUUCAGUGUGAAGCUAGCAUUGGACUGCUAAUAGGCAGUGACGAAAUGUGGCAGCUCUUGACAGGAGAAGUGAAGAGGCAUGCAGACGAUGACAAGUUGGUAGCAAUUGGAACAGUGUUCGGGUGGACGUUUCAAGGGCCUUCACAGGUCACACAUGGCUAUGCUGAAACUUCAGCAGCCACGACGAUAUGCGUCUUAAGAACAGGAGUUUGUGUGGAUCCAGAUGAUGUGCUGGAGAAGUUCUGGAAGUUAGACAGUAUUGGAAUCGCAGACGUAACGACAAACAACAACGAGCAUGACACAGCGGUGCUUGAAGAAUUUCAAAGAAACAUUCGUUAUGUGGACGGCCGGUACGAGGUGGCCCUACCCUGGAAGCCUCGUACAGAAGAAUUGGAAGACAAUUUCGAGGAAGCCAACCGGCGACUGCGAGGACUUACGAGACGGUUACUCCAAAAUGACUGCUUGACGAAGUAUGACGAGGUUAUAAGGAGCUACCUUGAAAAUGGGCACGCCGAGAAGGCCAAGGAAGACACAGCCCUGACUGGUUUGCAUUACUACAUGCCUCACAGGGCAGUAGUACGUAGCGAAUCCACGACAACGAAGAUACGUGUGGUGUUUGACGCCUCAUCACACGCAUCUGGAGCUACGUCGCUGAAUGACCACUUGGAGAAGGGGCCUAAGUUGGGAGCCGAUUUGGUGCCUGUCCUGUUGCGUUUCAGACUACACAGAAUAGCAAUCACAGCGGAUAUCCGAAAGGCAUUUCUGCAAAUCGGCAUUAGAGAGAAAGACAGAGAUGCUCUCCGUUUCUUGUGGUUUAACCAUGCUCCAACAUUGGACGAUCCACAGCCUGAAGUGGAGUGUUGGAGAAUGACGAGGGUGCCUUUCGGGACAUCGGCAAGUCCUUUCCUGCUGACUGCAACUCUACAGCAUCACCUGAGAUCAGUAGAGGGGUCGAACAAAGAUCUGGCCCAGGCACUAAUAAAUUCUUUCUAUGUCGACGAUCUGCUUGUGGGCGUAGCCAACGUUUUGGAAGGGAAACAUCUGGUCCAAAAGGCGGAAGACAUCUUUCAGAGGGCAGGAAUGAAACUAAGCAAAUGGGCGUCUAACUCUGCUGAGCUACAGACUAUGUUCCUGCAGUCCGACACCGGCGGAGCUAGCGAAGGAAAAUCAUUCGUCGACACUGCACACACUAAGGUACUUGGGGUGAUGUGGGACCGAUCUAGUGACAGACUGAGCUUCUCAGCACAGCACCUGCUGGAUGUCAUUGCCGACAUGAAAGACAGCAAGAGGUCCAUACUGCAGGCUUCCGCCAGACUGUUCGAUCCUCUGGGGUACCUGUCACCGUAUACCAUUCGAGUGAAGAUGCUUUUCCAAGAACUCUGGAAGGCGAAGAUAGAUUGGGACUCCAAACUUCCAGAGGAGAUAUCGAAGACAUGGAACCUCUGGCUUAAGGAGCUGCCCGACCUACAUAUGAUCUCAGUGGAAAGAUGUGUGCUUCCAACCGAAGGGUCUUUGUACACUUAUGAAAUGCACAUCUUCACGGAUGCUAGUCCGCAGGCAUAUGGAGCAUGCGCCCUCCUACGGAGCACGAGUGAGAUUGGAGAAACAAAGGUAUCCCUGCUGUUUUCAAAGUCACGAGUGGCACCACUCCAGAAGAUCACUUUGCCCAGGCUGGAACUAAUGGGGGCCCUGAUAGGAGUGCGAAUAGCCAAGUUCCUGAGUCAAGCGCUGUCUUUGUCGAACCUUGAGACGACAUUCUGGACCGACUCCACCAUUACGCUAAGCUGGAUCCGAGGUGACUCAACGAGGUGGAAACCCUUCGUGAGGAACAGAGUGGCAGAGAUCCAGGCGAAUAGCCGUCAGCAGCAGUGGAGGCAUUGCCCAGGCUGCGAUAACCGAGCGGACGCCUUAACAAGGGGACUCACCGUCAGGUCAUUAAGUCAGAACACACAGUGGUUUGAAGGACCCGGGUGGCUUGCCCAUCCACGCACAGUUUGGCCAAAGCCUUGCGGUGAAGAAGAUGCGGACUUAGAGAGCGUCGAGGAAGAAAAGCUGAGAGCCGCACUAGUGAUUGCAGGUGAUUUAAAGGGGCCUUCUCCUCUAUUCGAGCUUUCUAAGUACAGCAGUUACAACCGCGUUGUGCGGGUUACCGCAUGGAUACGAAGAUUUGUGUGGAAUUGCCGCACUAAUGUAAAAAACAUAGGGGCGCUUACGGCAUCUGAAGUGGCGGAGUCCGAGAUGUUAUGGGUGAGACAUGUGCAACGUGAAGUCUACCCCGAAGAGACGUUCGCACUCAGUCGCAACGAGCAAAUUGCCAAAUCAUCCAAGCUUCUGAGGCUGAAUCCGUUGCUCGAUGAAAAUAGAGUGAUGCGGCUUACGGGCAGACUACAGUGCUCGGACAACACUGAAGAUAUCAAGCAUCCCAUUCUGCUACCAAAGAAGCACACGCUAUCCAAGCUGAUUGUUCGGAAUGCACAUGAACUAACGCUACAUGGAGGGGUACAACUGACAUUGUCGACCUUGCGAGAGAAGUGGUGGAUAGUCCAGGCCAGGCAGAUUGUGAAGUCGAUCAUACACGACUGCACGGUGUGCGUAAGGUUUCGUGCUACUCGAAUCACAGCGCCAACUGCGCCUUUGCCAGACGUUCGGACAAACCCGACUCACCCCUUUGAGACCACAGGUGUCGACUUUGCGGGACCGUUGUACAUCAAAGCUAGUAAAGGUUACGAAUCCUCCUCUAAGUCAUAUAUCCUCCUCUUCACAUGUGCCACGACGAGAUCGAUUCAUCUCGAGUUAGUGACCGAUACAACGGCGAAAGCGUUCCUCAUGGCGUUCCGACGAUUUAUAUCAAGAAGGGGAACUCCUUCUAUCAUAUACAGCGACAAUGCCCUUGCUUUCAAGAUGGCGUCGAGGGACAUUCAAGACUUGUGGAGGAUAAUGCGUAGCACCGAAUCACAAGACUUUAUGUCUGCAAGACGUAUUAACUGGAGGUUCAUCGUAGAACGGGCUGCAUGGUGGGGCGGAAUGUGGGAACGACUGAUACGGACGGUCAAGAGCUGCUUGCGGCGAAUUCUGGGAAGACAGUGCCUCACAUUCGAAGAGAUGGAAACUCUUCUUCAUGAAGUAGAGGCAGUUGUUAACUCCAGACCUCUCACCUUUCUUCAUUCCACUCCCGACGAACCUGCCGCGCUGACUCCAGCUCAUCUACUAAUAGGCAGGACCUUAACGGCACUACCCGAGAAACCUUCGCAUGAAGUUCAAUCCUCGACAGCCCAGUCAAGCAUCCGAAGAUGGCGACACAAACAGAAAAUUGCAGACAUGUUUUGGAGAAGAUGGAAGCAGGAGUAUCUCCUCGAGCUCAGGUCAGCUCAUCAAACAAACGCAACGGAGUGCUUCCCGAAGCUUUCGGAAGGGGACGUGGUUCUUCUUCACGACCAUAAGACACCUCGACAUAUCUGGAAGCUGGCUAGAGUCAACGAAGUUCAUCCCGGUCGAGAUGGCAAUGUACGCUCUUGUACAGUGAGGCUACCCAAUGGGACUAUAACUCGACGGCCUGUGCAGCUAUUGUACCCGUUAGAAAUGACUAGACAUUGA